AAAUCUACAAGUGUGAGUUUCUUUCCGAGCGAAGCGCGACCGUAGGCCAGUUGAGAUAUAAAUACGACGAGGGAUUUUUGCCAUACAUCAGUUAUACACAAGUUAUAAAACAGAAAAGACAAAGCUUAAGAGUUGAACCAAAUAUUUAAACAAGAACGUUACUUUUUCGUAAUCCCAAACCGAAUUUUAAAGACAAAAAGGAAACAGAUAACAUGGCACAUAUACCACUCUUGUUAGGCCUUGCAAAUGAUCUCAAUCGGCUAUCUUUGGCUUCAUCUCCGUUCUACGAAAGUCCUUUUUAUCACUGGCGACAUCCUCAGGGCGUAGCUUUGGUAGGCGGGGAUCCACCACAACGUCAUAUACAGCGGCAGCCCACAACAGGACCGGUGUCUACCACAGGCCAAGAUGGGUUUCAAGUUUGCAUGGACGUUCAACAAUUUAAGCCAAGUGAGCUGAACGUCAAGGUGUUGGACAACUGUAUUGUAGUGGAAGGAAAGCACGAGGAACGGGAAGACAAUCAUGGCUACAUUUCAAGGAGUUUUGUUAGACGUUAUGUUUUGCCAAAGGGUUACAAUCCUGAAAAUGUUGUGUCCACAUUAUCAUCGGAUGGCGUGCUCACAGUUAGUGUCCCAAAACCCCAAGUUGAAGAUAAAUCGAACGAGAGGGUCGUACAAAUCCAACAAGUGGGCCCAGCCCAUCUUAACGUCAAAGAGAAUGUCAAAGAACAAGUCGAGGAAUCGAAGAAAGAGGAAGCUUAGUCAAAAAGGACAAAAUAAGAAUCUUCAUUUAAAAGUCUGAUUUAUGUUUCUAAUUUACUCCAUCUAUAAUCUAUCUAGUAGCAAUUCCUGACAUGGCCAAAAGCCAUUGCAUUUAGUAGUACAUAUUGAUACCUACCAACAAUAAUAUAAGUUUUAAAUUUGUUUCAAACAAAA